AUGCCUCGUCUAACUCCCCUGCAGCAGGAGCUGCUCUCGGAUACCGCCAUCUUCGCCGUGUUCUUCAUCGUAUCAGCCAUGGUCUUCUGGUGCCUCCAUUGGCAACGGCGGAAGGAGCUAGCGAAGAUGAUAGACUACGUGUCGUCCUACACACGUCCCCAAGGCCAAGGCAGCGGCGGCGCAUCGACCACAGGCGGCGAGCCCGCGGCGGAGGAGUGCGCCGUGUGCCUGGGUGCGCUGGAGGACGGGGACGUGUGCUGCGUGCUGCCGGCGUGCCGGCACGAGUUCCACCGGGAGUGCAUGCGGCGGUGGUUCAUGACCGGCAAGACCAACUGCCCCUUGUGCCGGACAAAAGUUCAGCCGCCGGCCGUCGCCGAAAUUGUAUAG